UAGCCCUACCCCCACUGGAGCCUGCAUAGUGGACAAACAAAGACCCCAGGGGGUCUGCAAAAUCCCUCCCUCUACUAAAACAGAGUAUUGCUAGUGUGCAGAGAAGGAUUUAUUGUUAGUUGCUUGUGCAGCAUCUGCAUUUUCUGCAAAGACUUUGAGGUGCACUGUGGCUGUGGUAGGACUCCUCUUCCCUGGAUUUGACUCUGUCUGCACUACGAACACUCUCCAACAGCCAAUUACUGUAUAUCCCCUGCCUCAAGUUGGGCUGUGUACUACUGGGAGUCUGCAAGGAUAUUCUCAGUUCCCUUUUAGUGAGCAUGAAGAUGAUGGUGACUAUGGGUUGGCUGUUCAUAGCCAUAGUCCAUAAAGCUGAACCCUUCAUCUCUGAUAACUUCACUGACUGCCGCAAUUUUUUCUAUAACCAAAUGCUCCCUGACGGCUUUCAGGACAUUGCUCUCUCUCACCGUUUUAAUCCCUUAGACCUACCAGAUGGGAUAAAAGUAGAAGAACUGAGCUCUCCAGUUUAUAUCUGUCAGCAAUAUGGGAACAAGAUUUACUUUGCUUCCUUGUAUGACAGAGGGAGGCGUGUGCCCCUUUAUUCUGCCUACAUCUUGGACAGAAGAUCUUCAUCUAACUCCACAAAUAAAAGGAAACAUAAUUUCAACAUAGAACCUCAGCUGGUCUAUAGGCAGUUGGAUGGCACAAUUCUACGUGAAUACAGCACCAAAAUAAAAAUAGGAAAAUACAACAAAGAACAUGGCAUUUCAGAAAAAGAGGAGAAAAAUCGUCCCCAUUACCUUAUUCCAACAAGUCAAGCUGUUGAUGCUGAUUAUUAUAAAAACAAACACUAUGGCAGAGGACAUGUGAAUCCCAGGGGGCAUCAUGUAGAUGGAGACAAGCAAAAUGCCACAUUCACCUUCACCAACGUGGUGCCAAUGAAUAAAGACCUAAACAAUGGGAACUGGAACCAAUACGAGAAUAAAAUGAUUGGGUAUGCUGAUGGCUGCACCACUAUGUAUGUGGUUACUGGAAUCGUACCGGGCAACAACUGGAUUAAGGGUGACCGUGUGAAUAUUCCCAGCCAUGUGUGGAAUGCUUAUUGCUGUGUAGAUAAUAAUGGCAAGCCAAUCAGAUCAGGGGCAGGGCUAGUGAACAAUACAAAGGAAAUGGUAUAUGAGAUUGCAAUGAAAGAGCUUCAAAUGCAACUGACAAAUCUUUUAAACACCACACAUAUUGCAAUAUUUCAGAAUAACUGUGCUUGAUGAAAUUGUAAAAUGUGGAUUGUCUCUGUCAUACAUAUAGAAACCAGAAAAGCAUCUGUACAAUAUUGAUUUAAUACAAAAGAAAGCAAGCAUC